AUGGGAUCCGAAGCAUUUCAAAGUUGUUCAACCUGUGAAAAGGUUAAUGAAAUUUUUGGUGGUGAUGGGAGUGGGUGUGGACGUGAGCAAUAUGUCCGUGGUGGUCAACGAGGGCAACACCGUGGUUGUGGUCGUGGUGCUUUUGGUCGUGGAAGACCUUUUCAGCGUGAUGGUGGUCGUGAUGCUUUUCGUGAUGCAAAGAACCGUGGGCGUACCAGUAGACAACGUGGAAGUGAGUCUAAAGUUUAG